AUGGAUAUGGAAAAGGGAAUGGUAGGCGGCCGACGACAAGCUAUCGCCGCUACGCACAACAGCACGAUUGCCAUGGCAAUGCAAAUGCCACACGCAACAGCCACAACAACUCUAUGGCUCCAUAUACGACGACGCAUAAACUACGAUGCAAAAAGGAUAUUGGACAAACUUAGAUUACCAGGAAUAAUGUUGAUAGCACAGUAA